AUGGCGACUUCAAAGACUAAGGGCACAACAAAUAAUUCGAAUGCUCCAACAGCUUCUACGAACACGACUUCAGCCGGUGGUUACCUGAACUCCAAUUCGGCAAAACAUAAUGGCACAAUUGCCAUUUCUGAACAAAGUACCAAACGAAAUGGUAAAGGGAAAGAGGUUAUUGGUACUUCUAUUGAUUUCAACACAUUCGAGGUAUCGGUAUUGCGUAGAUAUAAGCGUAUUCAUAAGCUAAAAGUCAAAGAAUAUGCAAGUAAAGAAGAACUUGUGUCCGCGGUCUCGAAACAUUAUCAGGCUCAAACUCCAAAAGAAGUCGACGCAAUUGCUGCUUUUAUCUAUUCAGUUCAUCAUCAAGGUUCGUCUGGAUAUUUUUUGGCAAACCGAAGCACAAACUCUCAGACGAAUAAUAGUUUAACACGUAUUAAUUUUUCUCUUAUUAUUAGAUACGAUGCUGAAACUGCCGAUUCCUUAAUCACAACAAUUCUUAGGUCUUUUAUUCAAUUAAAAAUCUAG